AUGGGGGAAGACGAUAUGCCGUUGGAUGAUAAGGCAAAGAGAAUGAGAGAUCUGUUAUCAAGCUUCUAUUCUCCAGAUCCUUCCGUUUCUAAUGCUAGCAAUUCUUUCAAAUUUGCAUCCUUAGAUGCAAUUAACUCCGCCUCCUUUGAUGCCGAUCAGUACAUGAAUCUCCUGGUGCAAAAAUCAAAUUUGGAAGGGCUUUUGCAGAGGCAUGUUGAAAUGGCAGCUGAGAUAAAAAAUCUAGACACUGAUUUGCAAAUGCUAGUUUAUGAAAAUUACAACAAGUUUAUUAGUGCCACUGACACGAUUAAAAGGAUGAAAAGUAAUAUUGUAGAGCAGUUCAUAUAUGAUCUACCUGCUAGACUUGGGAAGUGUAUUAAAUCAGAGGCAUAUGCUGAUGCAGUCAGGUUCUACAUUGGAGCAAUGCCAAUUUUCAAGGCAUACGGGGACUCAUCAUUCCAGGAUUGUAAGCGAGCAUCCGAAGAAGCUAUAGCUACAAUUAUAAAAAAUUUGCAGGGAAAGCUUUUCUCGGAUUCUGAAUCCAUACAAGCAAGGGCUGAGGCUGCAGUACUUCUUAAGCAGUUGAAUUUUCCGGUGGACAACUUAAAAGCAAAACUAUUUGAAAAGUUGGAGCAAUCUCUUGAAGGCCUUCAGCUUAAGCAUGAAGAGAUGGCCGAUGUUUUGGUGGAAUCUAAUAACCCUUCUGAACAAGGAAAUAAUACCGAGUCAGUUUCUGGUUCUGCACAUGAUGCUUUAAUUUGUGAGUUUGCUGAAGCUGUUCAAGCUUACCAAGUAAUAUUUCCCGACUCAGAAAAGCAAUUGAUUAAACUUUCUCAAGACUUGAUUGCCAAGCACUUUGAUAUCACUGCAGAUUACAUAAAGAAGUGGAUUCCCGUUGCUAGUUUUCUGGGUGUUCUUCGAAUUAUAUGGAAAGAUGUGCUACUGAUGGAUAAAGUGUUGAAUGAGGCUCUUCUUCCUGAUUAUUCUUUGAAGGCUUCUCGGCUUGCUGUCAAACAAUAUAUAAAAAGCGUGUUUUCUCACCUUCUGCAUGAUAUCUCAGAUUCCCUAACCAAUGCACAUAUCAAACCAAAGGAGGAAGUGGAAGAACAUCCUUUGGUAGUUUUCCUGGAUGCAGGCAAAAGCGCAGUGCUUCAAGGGAGCAUGAACAUAUUAUUGGACUUCCGCCAACUUCUUGAGGAGAACCUAGGAGGGCUUCAACUGAGUGACUUGAUUGUUGAUUGGGUUCAAGAAGGAUUUCAAAGUUUCUUCAGGGCACUUCAUGAUCAGUUCCUCUUGCUUUCAGGGAAAAAUAAAUCUGCCAGUCAAGAUGAAAAUUCCACAGAGAGUAUGCAGGUUGAGAAAAAGGUUCCUGGUCUUGUCCUGGUGCUGGCUCAACUGUCUGUUUUUAUUGAACAAACUGCCAUCCCUAGAAUUACUGAGGCAAGGAGUCACUCAACAGAAAUAGCUGCUUAUUUCUCUGGUGGUGGUGGUCGUGCUUAUGAGAAUGGGCCAGCAUUUGUUCCUGGUGAAAUUUGUCGAACCUUUCAUUCAGCUGGUGAAGUGUUUCUACAGCAUUAUGUAAAUAUGAGAACUCAAAAAAUAUCAGUUCUCCUGAGGAAGAGGUUUACAGCUCCAAACUGGGUCAAGCACAAGGAGCCAAGAGAAGUUCAUAUGUUUGUUGAUUUAUUCCAUCAAGAGUUGGAAGCAGUAGGAACAGAGGCAAAGCAGAUCUUACCUCAUGGAGUUCUACGCAAGCAUCGUCGCUCUGAAAGCAAUGGAAGCACUGGUUCCUCUCGCAGCAAUCCAUUACGAGAUGACAAAAUGAGCCGGUCAAAUACCCAUAGGGCCAGGAGUCAACUUCUUGAAACACACCUGGCGAAAUUGUUCAAGCAAAAAGUUGAAAUUUUUACAAAAACUGAAUAUACACAGGAAUCUGUUGUAACUACUGUCGUAAAACUCUGUCUUAAAAGUUUGCAAGAAUUUGUUCGACUCCAGACUUUCAACCGGAGUGGAUUUCAGCAAAUUCAGUUGGAUAUUCAGUUCCUAAGGGCAUCUCUAAAGGAAAUUGUUGAAGACGAAGCUGCUGUUGACUUUUUGCUUGAUGAGGUGAUAGUUGGUGCUUCAGAACGUUGUCUUGAUCCAAUUCCUUUAGAGCCUCCUAUCUUGGAUAAACUAAUUCAAGCGAAGUUGGCAAAAGAGAAGGAACAGAAUCCAAUUUCUCCAUAA